GGUCUCGCACUCGCCUGCACAAGCAGUGUUGCUUGCGACGAGCGACAAACCUAACGCACGCGUUACGAAGCCAGCAGCGCUCACGCCAGGCCAACACCUUGCAGCGACGCCCGGGUGUUUCCCUAAAUAAAGAGAGCACCUCGCUGAGUCAACUAGACGCCAGCGACGCGCCGCCGACGCCGCCGCAAACCAGAAGAGAACCAUGGAGCGCCUCGUAAUGCCCGUAGUAAGGGCAGGAGCCGGCAUCUUCGGCGUGUCAUUGAUAGGGAGCUCGUGCCUCUACAACGUCGAGGGCGGCCACCGCGCGGUCAUGUAUGAUAAGAUACGAGGCGUCCUCCCCCAAUCAGUGGGAGAGGGCACGGGCUUCAAGAUCCCCAUGGUCCAGGAGCCGAUCAUCAUGGACGUCCGGUCCCGGCCCAAGGAGAUCCGGUCGAUCACCGGGACCAAGGACCUCCAGAUGGUCAACAUUUAUCUCAGAGUGCUCUCAAGACCUAGAGUAGACAAGCUCCCGGUCAUCUUCCAGAAGUACAACACGAACUGGGAGGACCGCGUGAUUCCGUCGAUCGGCAACGAGGUCCUGAAGAGCGUCGUGGCCCAGUACAACGCCGAGCAGCUCCUGUCCAUGCGCGAGCAGAUCUCGUUUCCGUCAGCGUCCUUUACUUUCACAAAGGCCGCGAUGACGACGCAACUGCAUAGUUCACACUGACAUACUUGAUGACACUCGUCAAUCACCAUCUUUCGACCGAGCGGCUCCAGAAACACACAUGACGCUCCGUCGUCUCAUCACCCACUAACACAUAAACGCACAGGACCCAGAUCCGCUCCACUUUAACAAAACGCGCGGACAACUUCGACAUCAUUUUGGAUGAUGUCUCGAUCACGCACUUGGUCUUCGGCAAGGAGUUCAGUGGCGCCAUCGAGCAGAAGCAGGUCGCCCAGCAGGAGGCCGAGCGCCAGACUUAUAUUGUUGCCAAAGCGGAACAAGAAAAGAAGGCGAGCGUCAUCCGCGCCGAGGGCGAGGCGGCCGCCGCCGAGAUCAUCUCCCGAGCGUUGGAGGAGUGCGGCACGGGCCUGAUCGAGGUGCGGCGCAUCGACGCCGCGAAGGAGGUCGCGGAGUCGCUGUCGAGGGCGCGCGGCGUCACGUACCUGCCGUCGGGCGGCCAGGGCGGCGGCUCGAACCUGCUCCUCGGGCUGUCGGACCGCUGAGCGCCGCGGCGACGGCGUCUUGGGGGUGGCUAGGGAGUUCUGUUUCA